GGCAGUGCUGUGUUUUCCAUGAUCCGCUGUGAACGCAGCGUCGCGUCAGUACGUCACUACGUCACGCUCGUGCCCGGCCCUCCUCCUCUGCAGCUCGUGCAUCAUGGCGUCCUUAUCGAUGGCCCCGGUCAACAUCUUCAGCCAUGGAGCUGAUGAAGAGAAAGCUGAGACUGCUCGACUGUCGUCUUUCGUCGGUGCCAUCUCCAUCGGAGAUCUGGUGAAGAGCACUCUGGGUCCGAAGGGAAUGGAUAAGAUUUUGAUGAGCGGAGGGAAAGGCUCCGCAGUGACGGUGACCAAUGACGGAGCGACGAUCCUGAAAGCCAUCGGAGUCGACAACCCUGCGGCCAAAGUUCUGGUUGACAUGUCGAAGGUUCAGGACGAUGAAGUCGGAGACGGAACAACGUCCGUCACCGUGCUGGCUGCGGAGCUGCUGAGGGAGGCGGAGAUCCUGAUCGCCAAGAAGAUUCACCCACAGACCAUCAUCGCCGGCUGGAGGAAGGCGACUCAGGUAGCCAGAGAGGCUCUGAGAGAUGCCGCCGUCGACCACAGCAACGACCCGGCUCGUUUCCAGGAGGACCUGCUGAACAUCGCCCGCACCACUCUGUCCUCCAAACUGCUGACUCACCACAAAGACCACUUCUCCCAGCUCGCCGUCGCCGCUGUCAUGAGGCUGAAAGGCUCCGGGAACCUGGAGGCAAUCCACGUCAUCAAGAAGCUGGGAGGCAGCCUCACCGACUCGUACCUGGAUGAAGGUUUCCUGUUGGACAAGAAGAUCGGAGUGAACCAACCAAAGAGGCUGGAGAACGUCAACAUCCUGAUCGCCAACACCGGCAUGGACACCGAUAAGAUCAAGGUCUUUGGCUCCAGGGUUCGCGUGGACUCGAUAGCGAAGGUUGCAGAAAUCGAACUCGCAGAGAAAGAGAAGAUGAAGGAGAAGGUCGACAGGAUUCUGAAACACGGAAUCAACUGUUUCAUCAACAGGCAGUUGAUCUAUAACUACCCAGAGCAGCUGUUUGCUCGCGCCGGCAUCAUGGCCAUCGAGCACGCUGACUUCGCCGGUGUGGAGCGUCUCGCUUUGGUCACUGGCGGGGAGAUCACCUCCACCUUCGAACACCCGGAGCUGGUGAAGCUCGGUCACUGCAAGCUGAUCGAGGAAGUGAUGAUCGGAGAGGACACGCUCAUCCACUUCUCUGGAGUCGCCAUGGGUACACACACACAC